AUGCCUCUUUUCAGGUUUUACAAUGAAAGACAGAAGAAGCAUCAGCCCGUUAGGAGAUCUACUGACCAUCAAAGCGGUGCAAGAGUUGGCAAUAUUCCUGGAGUUCAGGUUGUUGAGCAUGAACCUGAAGUCACAACACCAUUACAUGGAUCAUGUUCUGAAUAUGGAAGUCGAAUGGAAGAAUUUCCAAAUGAAAGAUGGAAUUGUUGUGAUUUUUCGCAAGCAUUGCAUGGUUUCUCAGACUUUAUCAAUGAGCUUCAGUUGCUGGAUUUUCCAUUAAAAGGUGACCCUUUUUCAUGGGGUAAUAACGAGGACAAACCUUCUCUCUCUUGCAUUGAUUGUUUUUUGGCUUCAAUAGCGCGGGAGAAACACUUUCUGGAUGCAGUGCAGAGGUUGAUUUCACAACUAGUGUCAGACCCUCACCCCAUUCUGUUGGAUUGUGGUGCUUCUAGUAGAGGAAAAUGUGAAUUCAUAUUUGAAAAUGUGUGGCUACAAGUACCUGGGUUCGUGGAUAAGGUGCAGAGUUGGUGGGAAAUGUAUAGGUUUAUGGGCUCUUCCAGCUUUGUCUUGUUCAUGAAACUCAAUCAGCUAAAAGGUGAUCUGAAAACGUGGAAUAAGGAGAUUUUUGGAGAGAUUGGGUUGCAGAAAAGUAGAGCUUUGUGUGAGCUAUCGUGGCUAGAGUUAAAGGAAGAGAGUGGCUUAAAUGAUGAAGAAAUAAGGACUAGAGAUGAAUUGAAGAUCGGGAUAGAAAAGAUUGUUCAGGUAGAAGAAAUGAGCUGGAGACAAAAUUCCAGGACACAUUGUUUGAAGGAAGGGGAUGGUAACACAAAAUCCUUUUAUAGAUUGUCCAAUUCCCAUAGACAAGCUAAGUAUAUUGGGAGUUUGAAAGUGGAUGGCUUAAUGCUCAUGGAAGAGAGUGAAAUUAAAGAUGGGAUUGUUGCUUUUUAUAAGAACUUGUACAAAGAAACUGUUGAAACACGCCUGAAGAUGGAUGGUUUUGAAUUUUCUACCCUUGGGGAGGAAGAUAGAGAAUGGCUCGAGAGGGUGUUUGAAGAAGAUGAGUGUUUUCAGUCCUAAAGUCCAUGAAUGGGGACGAAACUCCUGGUCCCGAUGGUUUCACCAUAGUUUUUUUCCAAAAAUGUUGGGGAGUGAUCAAAGAAGACGUGAUGAGAUUCUUACACGAGUUUCAUAUGGGAGGCACCUUUGAAAAGAGUUUAAAUGCCUCUUUCAUAGCUCUUGUUCCCAAGAAACCAAGUGCAUCUAAUAUUGAAGACUUCAGCCCAAUUAGUUUGGUGGGAAGUCUUUACAAAAUCUUAAUGAAGGUUUUGGCAAAUAGAUUGAGGAGUGUAAUGGGUAAGCUGGUAUUGGAUUCACAGAAUGCAGUCGCAAGGGGAAGACAUAUUUUAGAUUCUGUCCUAAUAGCAAAUGAAUGCCUGGAAAGUAGAGUUCAGAGCAACUUGCCAGGACUAAUUUUCAAAGUUAAUAUUGAGGCUUAUGACCAUGUUUGUUGGGAGAGCCUUCUAUAUUUGUUAGAGAGAUACGGGUUUGGAGAGAGAUGGAUACAGACGUGCAUAUCUUCUGUCAGUUUCUCUGUACUUGUUAAUGGUAGUCCUUCAAGCUUUUUCUCAAGCUCCAAAGGACUGAGACAAGGAGAUCCACUGUCAUCUCUUUUGCUUAUCCUUAUCAUGGAAGUGCUCAGUUCAAUGAUUGAUAAGGCAGUUAAGCAAGGAAUGAUGACGGGGUUCAAAAUUGAGGGAAGGAAUGGUGAUGCUUUAACUAUCUCUCAUUUGUUGUUUGCUAAUGAUACUAUAAUUUUCAGUGAAGUGGACUGGAAGCAACUUGUAAACUUGAAAUUUAUUUUGUAUUUUUUUAAGUUAUUCACGGGGUUGAGAGUGAACCUAAACAAAAGUGAGAUAGUGCCAGUAGGAACUGAGCCGAAUGUGGAAGCAUUAGCUAAGUUUUUGAGUUGUAAAAUAAGCUCUUUUCCCAUAACUUUUUUGGGUUUACCAUUGGGAUCUUUUUUUAAGGCUUGAAAUUUCUAGAUUGGAACUAUAUAGAGUAUGAAAAGAGAUUGAUCAGGUGGAAGAAUUAUACCUCACAAUAUGGGUUAGAAUUAUUCAUAUUGAGUUACCCUAUGCAAUGGGCUGCAUCAAAUAGUAGCAAUCUAUUCAGUGAAAUCUAUUCAGUGAGAUGGGAAGAAUGUUGGUCAAUCGGAUGAAUCAAUGGAGGAGUCUAGCAUUCUUGCUCCCGCAAGUCCUUUCCAUCCGAAAAGAACAUCAGAUGAAAAGAGAACAAUGGCCUUUGAA